CUCUCCAACUCUGUGCUCCCCUGUAUGUGCCAUUGUUCAGAUGCCUCUGACAGUGCUGAACUACUGAUCGGAAAAGAGUUACACAGUGUCUGUUUACACCGGUCAUCGCCCCAGACACAGAACAGACACAGCGACUUUGAUUUCGUUUUUAAACUCACGGAGCAACAAAUUCUCAUUUAGUUACAACACUCUUACGAUCUGAGUUGUAUUACACAUGUAUUAUCUAUAUGUUGAAGUACAAAGUGUUCUAUCUGUCCCACACUGACAGAGGACAAGCAAGCGCUCAUGACACCGGAUGGUACGUCAGAUUUGUACGCAGCUUUCGAAGUUGUUCUUCACCGUUGCGCAACUUUUGACCAUUUCCGAACGGUGACGGUACAUAUCUAGCUAACAAUUCAAUAUUUCUUAUCGUCUUCUUUUCCUUUGUUUGUAGAACUACGUGUGCUAAUUUGACAAUGUGACUGCUGUGAGGACCGCGUGACAGAGUCUAGAACCGAUACUGUACAUAAAAAUACUGUACAUCUCAAUAAAGUUUUUUUACAAAACCAAAAGAAACUGUCAUGGCGACGCCCACAGCAGACAACUGGAGUUGGUUUCCUGCAUUAGCACUCGGCGUUUCUUUCCUGAAAUGUAUUUUGAUAAACGCAUAGUAAGUUAAACAUUCUCAUAAUGUAUAAUAGAUUACAAGUGUCAGUGCUAAACAUGUAUAUUUCAAGGUCUCUUAUCAGUUCUAAUUCAUUGAUUAGUUGUGUCGCAAGCCUGCGUUAGCUUGCUAACUGCAUUGGCAGCUUUGCCAAUGGAUUGAAAAAGUUAUUCAAACAUACACGUUUACACACAUAACUAACUAUAAAUAAGUGGUUAGGGCAUUAGUUGUCACAUCUUUAUUCAAAUCAGGAAAAUGUGUCAUAAGAGCAUCAAGCCUCUUAACUACACUGUCCUAAAACUAUCUGUGUACAGGUUUUUUUUAACAGUGUGAGGUACAUUGAGGUAUGUUGUGUUGUGUCGUGUGGUUAUCUCUGACAGUGUUUUCUGGAUAUUUCAGUCAUUCCACAGACUUUGAGGUUCACAGGAACUGGCUCGCCAUCACUUACAGCUUUCCUGUAUCAAAAUGGUACCAUGAGGUUUGUACAUACAUACAUACAUACAUACAUACAUACUGUACAUGCAUGCAUAAUACAUGAUUUGUAUGCAUCAGACUUUGUGUGUCACUCACCCCUUAAGUGCUUUAUUAUUAUUAUUAUUAUUAUUAUUAUUAUUAUUAUUAUUAAGUGCUCAUAGGCUAUUUCUAGCUACAAAUACUAUAGCUAUAUCAUUAUCUUGCGUCAGAUAGCGCAACGAAUCCACACUGAGAUUGAGGGAAGAGCGUCGCCACCUUUCGGCAAUGUUCCCUCUAAAAUAUCAGCCCGCGCAGAGAAGCACGAGAUUGAACUUCACUCAACUUUGUAGAGUUUUACCCCUUAGUUAACACUACCAACGUUUCCAUUUACUGUGGGAAUUGUGAAAGAAUAAAUGCAAUAUAAGCCACUUUCAAUGCAACAUACCAAAACUCUGCAAAACUAACUAUGCAAGAGAUUUUGUGUUAGGCAGAAUGCUUUGGAGUAGGAUUCUAUAGCAUUGACAGGCACGACUCAUGCCUGUACUCUACAUAGAUCGAUGCGCCAUAACCAAUCAGAGCUGCAGUAGGCCUAUAUGCAAAUAGAUCAUUGCCAUAAUGCGUCUGUGCCAUUCAUUUUGAAUUGGACUGUGUUUACUGCAUAAGCAGUCGUGAGUAGAUUAGUUUGUUUUGAGAUCAAAGCGAGAGCUGCAUGAAGCCAAGUGUGCACGUUUGUUCAUAUCCUUUGCUAGUUAGUGAGUUAUUAGCCCAGUUAUAGAUCAUCUGUAGUCAGCAAUGGGGGAGUGAUUGCUUCUUACAAGAGCACAAAACAUGUACAUUUCUACAUCUUUGUAAAGCGAGUCAGGUAAAGAGCUUUUCUUUUUGUCUUAAAGGGGCAGAGUUGUAUUCUGAGAUGGACUUGAAUAAGCUAAGUAGCCAAUAGGCAGAGGGUAGCAUAAUUUGUCUGAUUCUCUGAAAUAAUGGUAUUGGAAUAAUGCUUUUUAUUUUGUAAAGUGGUUUCUUGCAUCAAACAACACAACAACAUUUUCCGUCACCUCCUUGUCUGAAGGACAAGUGGAUAAACAGGUUAAUGUCAAGCCCUGCAUGUUUUUUUCAAAAGUCGCAAGGAAUGUAGGCCUACAUUGAACACCACUGUAAGCUGAAUGAUAGAACAGCUAUUUCCAUGUUAUGGAAUGCAUUUUCUCCAUUGUUUCUGAUGGUAGGCCACUCUGGUAGGCCUACAUUAUGAUCAUCCACAGUAGGCUACUUGACCACUGUCUGAAACUGUAACUUAAAGCGGGUACAGCCUCAGUGUUCACAGUAAACGCACGCUGGAAGUUGCACAGAAUUUCCACAAUGUUCAAAUUUCCACAAUGUUCAAACCUGAAAUUUGCUCAGUGCCAAAAAAAAGAUAGAGGGAAUGUUACCUGUCGGAAGAUAUUGAUACCUAUAGCAUACAAAUGUUAAUGUCUGUGUGUUUGUCUUUCUGUGUAGAACACCUCAGAGUGGACCCUGGACUACCCUCCUUUGUUUGCCUGGUUUGAGUAUGGCCUGUCCCACGUGGCUCAGCACUUUGACAAGGAGAUGCUGGUGGUGCAGAAUCUCAUCUACACCAGUCCUGCUACCGUCCUCUUCCAGAGGCUCUCUGUGAUCGUGACGGACGUGGUCUUUAUUUACGCCGUCAAAGAGUGAGUGUUUUCUCCAGGAGGAAAGGAGACGCUAAAGAAAUGAAAAUAAAUAUGUUUUAUGCAAGGAGGAUGCCUUAAGUAUUAAAGUAUCUCAUAAAUGGACAUGUACUAAAUUGGUCAUCAUGCUCAGACUUUAAAGGUCUAAUGCAGCUGUGUUUAUCUCAAUAUCAAAUCAUUUCUGGGUAACACUUUACAAUUGAAAUGGUUAAAAAUAAACAAAAAUAGCUUCUUAGCAGAAAGCAAUUUCUCAAGCAAGAAUUUUGCUAGGACUGUCUGGGAGUAGUCUGAUUGAGGUAGAGUCCUGCAUCGGGUCGGAUACCCACGGUUUUCCCGCGGUUGAGCCGCAAAUAAAUCAGCUGGCAGGUGGAAUGAAAACAUCCUUUCAACUCGCAGGUCAGCUCGUGGUUCAGAACAAUUAUAUUGCAGGUCGGAAAUGUUUUAAAUCAAGAUAAUAUUAUUAUUUUACAAACCCAGGAGCUUGUUGUGUUGAAUUGUGUUGCAUUUUCCAUUAGGCUAUGUGAGCGGUGAGGCAGAUACAGUGGAUUUGGAAAGUAUUUAGACCCCUUGACUUUUUCCACAUUUUGUUACGUUACAGCCUUAUUCUAAAAUGGAUUAAAUAAAAACAAUUCCUCAUCUAUCUACACACAAUACCCCAUAAUGACAAAGCAAAAACAGGUUUUUAAAAUUGUUUGCAAAUGUAUUAAAAAUAAAAAACAGAAAUACAGUAUUUAUAUAAGUAUUCAGACCCUUUGCUAUGAGACUCGAAAUUUAGCUCAGGUGCAUCCUGUUUCCAUUGAUCAUCCCUGAGAUGUUUCUAAAACUUGAUUGGAGUCCACCUGUGGUAAAUUCCAUUGAUUGGACAUGAUUUGGAAAGGCACACACCUGUCUAUAUAAGGCCCCACAGUUGACAGUGCAUGUCAGAGCAAAAACCAAGCCAUGAGGUCGAAGGAAUUGUCCGGACAGCUCCGAGACAGGAUUAUGUCAAGGCACAGAUCUGGGGAAGGGUACCAAAACAUUUCUGCAGCAUUGAAGGUCCCCAAGAACACAGUGGCCUCCAUUCUUAAAUGGGAGAAGUUUGGAACCACCAAGACUCUUCCUAGAGCUGGCCAAACUGAGCAAUCGGGGGAGAAGGGCCUUGGUCAGGGAGGUGACCAAUAACUCGAUGGUCACUCUGGCCGAGCUCCAGAGUUCCUCUGUGGAGAUGGUAGAACCUUCCAGAAGGACAACCAUCUCUGCAGCACUCCACCAAUCAGGCCUUUAUGGUAGAGUGGCCAGACGGAAGCCACUCCUCAGUAAAAGGCACAUGACAGCCCGCUUGGAGUUUGCCAAAAGGCACCUAAAGGACUCUCAGACUAUGAGAAACAAGAUUCUCUGGUCUGAUGAAACCAAGAUUGAACUCUUUGGCCUGAACGCCAAGCGUCACGUCUGGAGGAAACCUGGUUCCAUCCUUACGGGGAAGCAUGGUGGUGGCAGCAUCAUGCUGUGGGGAUGUUUUUCAGUGGCAGGGACAGGGAGACUAGUCAGGAUCGAGGGAAAGAUGAACGGAGCCAAUUACAGAGAGAUCCUUGAUGAAAACCUGCUCCAAAGCGCUCAGGACCUCAGACUGCGGCGAAGGUUCACCUUCCAACAGGACAACGACCCUAAGCACACAACCAAGACAGCGCAGGAGUGGCUUCGGGACAAGUCUCUGAAUGUCCUUGAGUGGCCCAGUCAGAGCCCGGACUUGAACCUGAUUGAACAUCUCUGGAGAGACCUGAAAAUAGCUGUGCAGCGACGCUCCCCAUCCAACCUGACAGAGCUUGAGAGGAUCUGCAGAGAAGAAUGGGAGAAACUCCCAAAUAAAGGUGUGCCAAGCUUGUAGCGUCCUACCCAAGAAGACUCAAGGCUGUAAUCGCUGCCAAAGGUGCUUCAACAAAGUACUGAGUACAUUUUACAUUUUAACAUUUAGAGUCAUUGGUUAGCAGACGCUCUUAUCCAGAUGCGACUUACAGUGAGCAAUUAGGUGUUAAGUGCCUUGCUCAAGGCAACCCGACAGAUUUUUCACCUAGUCGGCUCGGGGAUUAGAACCAGCGACCUUUCGGUUUUACUGGCACAACGAUCUUAACCACGAAGCUACCUGCCGCCCAGUAAAGGGUCUGAAUACUUGUCCCAGUAAGGGUCUGAAUACUUAUGUCAAUGUGAUAUUUCAGUUUCUUUUUUUUUUUUUACGUUAGCAAACUUUUCUAAAAACCAGUUUUUGCUUUGUGAUUUGUGGAUAUUGUGUGUAUAGAUUGAUGAGGAUUAUACUUUUUAAAAUCAAUUUUACAAUAAGGCUGUAACGUAACAAAAUGUGGAAAAGGUCAAGGGAUCUGAAUACCGAAGGCACUGUAUUGCCUAGGCUACUAGCCACCCAGCGAGAGAGUGGAGCAGGGAACUGUCCAUUAGUAGGAUAUUUGUGUGGUUCUGAAACAUUCCUAAUUUGUCCACCUGCAGAGCUUAUGUUCCCUUCUGCCACGCGACAAUACGUUGGCAAGUUUAUUUUUUCAGACUCUUAGCUCAAGCGAAAAUGGCUAACAUAAGGAAAAAUGGAAAGAAAGGUUGUGAUGGUGAUAUAUACCAUCGUGGAAACAGGUGCUGCGCAAGUGAAAUCUCCAGUUUGGAAGGAUUUUGGAGUCAUUGUGGACAAGGAGGACAACAACCUGGUAGAUGGAUACACAGCCUGCAAAAGUGCAAGCAGGUAUUUGUUUACAAUAAUUCAGUUAAUUAUUCAGGCUUUCGUUCAUUUAAACCAUACGCAGGCCAUAUAAAGUUUAUAUCUGUGUGGCUGGUAAAGGUUUGAGUAGCCAAUAGCCUACUAAAUAAAUGUAGGCUAUUUUUGCAGCCUAUAGUCGAUUUGAUUCUGGAAUAGCCUAAUAAAUUAAUGUUAUUUGGCGGGUCACGGACCGGCUCUCGGAACAAUUCUAUGUGGGUGGAUCGGGUUGCAGAGAAAAAUCUGUCCUGAUGUCGUGUAUUGGGUGGGACUGUUGGUCAAUCGGUAUAACAUACUUUGGGUAGUCAACGACCAAUCACUUUCACCUGAAAACUAAAAACACGCCCAACGGGCCAAUGAAUGCAGAGCCGGCCCUAGGAAGCCCCACCUUCCUAGCUACAACACCGGGGCUCACAUUAAUUUCCUAAAUUCUUCACUUUUCAGCUCGUCUGAAGGAGAACAUAUCACUCAAUUUUUCAAGACUACUGGAUUCUGCUCCGACUUGGGUGUCUGUUAGUGGGGAGAGAGUACUUGUCCCCCUAGAUGUUGCGAGUUUUGGGUGUUGGUAUUGUUUUUUGUGUUUUACUAAAAGCGAAUUACUUUCAGCUAAUGCUUCUUUGCCUACCACUUCUGCUCGGCUUGUGUAGCCAGUGCUUCCUUGCUUGAGUAAGAUGGCCAGUGGUAAGAGUAAGUUCAAAAAGGCUAACCAGACGGAUUUGAACCUCCGACCAUGCCCUAGGGCAUGUGGUUUCACAAUGAAAAUUAAAGAUACUCAAUGUUGUCCUGUUUGCCGGGGGUGGAAACACGCCUCAGGCUGCCUUGGCUUGGACCAGCUCGUGUGACCGGUGUCACCGGCUGAGGUUCAGACUCUGUUGUCUACUGACUUCUGAGGAAGAUUGGGUUUACUGGAGAAGGGCCUCUUUUUUUUUUUAAGAAUGGUGUUACGUCGGCCUCAGGGCUGCCGAAGACAGGGAGAGGUGCUGUUUUCGGAUCGGAGUUGUUCCCCACCUGUCAUGCGGGAGACUUGGGUUCAAUUCCCCAAUGGGCAUCCCAGCCAGGCAAUGGGCUAGUUGGCUGGGUUCUAUGCUUCCCUGAAGGUGUUCGGGAACCGCAUUCUGGAAAGGAUGUGGUACUGUAUCUCUGACUGGUUCUGGGGGUUUUUCAGAGAAAGAGAUGGAUGAGCUAGCUCUGGCAGCAUCAUAUCUCUGCCGCGGAUAUCGCGCUGGGCUGCGGAGCAGCAAACCGGCAGGAUGGCUUUCCUCUCCUUUGCAACAGAGUUAACCCAGGUUGGGAACAUUUUUUACCACCUGUGAUGACUGCCGUAAAGAGUCGCUUGACUCUCUUUCAAUUUUUUUUACCUGGAGUAACUCACAUUCAGCCAAGUUGCAUGAAUGUGGAACUGUUUUAUAGGGGGCGCGUCUAGUUUGCAGGUCUGUAUGGGAAGCUAGUUAGCCACCUCAUCUCGGAGGCUAACAGAGAGGGUAAUCUUAGUCGUUCGUUCCCGAAUAGAGGGCGGCUGGUUCCGGUGGACCAGUGUCACAAAUAGCCUACCGGAGCGGGGGGAAUUGUUUUGGGCGAGCCAAUUUCGCCAAAGGAGUGUUUGGCUCAACUAUGGAGUCCAUGCAGUCCCGUUCCGAGGAGAAGCAAAAGCAGCAAGUAGCAGUGCUUUCUUCCUGCGUUCAAGUCAUGUUGGGAACUCGUGCAAUAUAACCUUCCUGCAAGGAAAAUGCACGUGAAUGCCCGUCCAACUCUGGUUUAUGACUAGGAGACUCGGGUAUGAUAUCUGGAUCCAAAUCUUUUUCAUAUGCGGGGCUUCGAUGUCAUGCACCACUGAGAAUGGCUGUCAAUGGUGACAUUGAGCAUUUGCAUUUUGGUCAUUUGGUGGACGCUCUUAUCCAGAGCGACUUGCAGUAGUGAGUGUAGUGCUUCUACCCAAGGCCCAGUGGUGUCCAAGGGUAUCGAAAGUAAGGUAUCACCCAUAUGUGAGCAUAAAUCAGUCUCCUCCCCGCAGUCGGACACAAGGUUGUCGGGAGUGGCGGGUGUGAGAGGACAUGACAAAAUAACCACAUUAUCCCAGUCCUCAAGGUGGUGCUCCACCCCUGCAGAUGACAAUGUAUAGGUGGUUGGCCGCAUUCGAGGUGUCACCGUGGAUGUGUCCUAGUGCCUGUUUUGAGAGAGAAGAUUUUCUCUCUUCUUUGGAAGCGGGCUAUUUGGGUGGUUCCCCUGUCGGAAGUACGGAGUGGUUGGUACAACCGGUAUUUCCUAGUUCCUAACAGCAAUGGAACACUGCGUCCCAUCCUGGACUUGCGUGGUUUGGACAAGCACUUCAAGGAGUUCAAAAUGCUCACACUUCGGUGGCUAAUACAGUCUGUGUGUCCCAGCGAUUGAUUUACGUACAGUACCUUCAGAAAGUAUUCACACCCUUUGACUUAUUCCACAUUUUGUUGUGGUACAUAAUAAGUUGCAUGGACUCACUCUGUGGGCAAUAAUAGUGUUUAACAUGAUUUUGUAAUGACUAAUCUCAAUCCUGGUACCCCACACAUACCCAUAGUAUGUUAUACCGAGUGACCGACUGAAAGGGAACUUACAGUUAUGAAUAUAACUACUGUUCCCUGAAGGAGGGAAUGACGUAUAACAUGUUUUGGCCCCGCGCCGUCAGGGGGUUUGGGCUUGUUGAAGAGCGGUACUGAAUUGAAUAAAUUAACGCUGGUAUUAUAGCCAGGAAGGUAGGGCUUCCAAGGGCAGGCUCUGCAUUUAUUGGCCCAUUGGGUGUGUUUUAGUUUUCUUCAGGUGAAUGUGAUUGGUCGUUGACUCCCCAUAGUAUGUUAUACCUUGUUCCCUCCUUCAGGGAACAGUAGUUCUAUUCAUAACUGUACGUUAUUGGCAGAGAGGAGGGCAAACUCUCUUUGUUAUUGGUCUAUUAACUUAUACCAAAACCCCACCCAUGCAAAACAAGCAGAAAUUUCAGGUGGUCUUUUCAAGCAGCUCUUACAAUUAAAAGGGCAUUAUCAUCAUUUUCACAAUUUCACAGCAUUAUUCCAACCUCAUAGUGUGGAAAUAUAUUUAACACACAGGAUAAUCAGGUUUUUGACUGCACUGCCCCUUUUAAGGAUUUUAUUUGUUUAUGUUUAUUUUUUGUGUUUUGUAUAUACUGUACAGUCCCCCAUUUAGAACUACUGUUUUUCUCUCUUCCUCCAGAUGCUGUAGAAGUGUGAGAGAGGAGAAGGGUUCCAAGGACCUCCUGGGGCAUCCAUUUUUCAUCCUGGCAGCUCUGCUCCUGUGGAACUUUGGCCUCCUCAUCGUUGACCGUAUCCUUCACUCACUACUCUGAGAGCUGGGUUAUGUUCAUUAGGCCACAAAAUGGAAGAAAACACACUGAAACAUAGAAGGAUUACCGAGACCUGUCCAAUAAGAAACUCAUUUAAAACUCAUGUUUUAAAAUGGUGUUCCCUAAUGAAUAUGAAAAGAAGAGAAAGGCUUGCACACUGAAUAUGCUUCCAAUUACCACCUUUAUUGACUUUUUGAUCCACAAGGAUCUUCGUCAGGUCAAAUGGUAAGACCACAUACUGCCCUAAUGAACAUGACCCAGCUGUUUUCACAAGGUCAAGGAGCUUACAUUACCUAGUUCAUUAUGGCAAUUAAACUCUAUAGAGCUGUAACUAACCAGUCUGGAGAAACUAAAGCUUGAAAAAUAAGAGUGGUGAAUGGAGAUCACUUAAUGCUGUUAGCUACCAUAACGGGUAUUAACCAGCUAGUCUCUCAUGUCCUUAGCGUUUCUAUCCAGACAUUCAUUUCCAGUACAAUGGAUUCCUGUUUGGAAUACUGCUGCUAUCAGUGGCAAGACAUUUACAGGUACUGUACCUACCCAACCACCCUUCCCCACAACACCAAUGAUUCCUGCAUAACUCAACCUUGCUGAAUCAUGGCAGCAAGCUGACAAGCACAAAGUUAACAAGAUCCUUUAUUUAGAUUAGUUUAAGAAACAUGAAUGUUUGUGCUAUCUUGUUCUUCAUUUGAAUGUAGGUUUGAUCAAAUAAUAUUGUAUUUGUCACAUGCACCGAAUACAAGAGGUGUACACUUUACCGUGAAAUGCUUACUUAUGAGCCCUUUCCCAACAAUGCAGAGUUAAAAAGUAAGAAAAAAAUGGCCAAAAAAAUAAGGAAAUAGUAACACAAUAAAAUAAGAAUAACGAGGCUAUAUACAAGGAGGACCAGUACCGAGUCAAUGUGCGGGGGUACCAGGUAGUUGAGGUAAUAUGUACAGUGCCUUCAGAAAGUAUUCACACCCCUUGACUUUUUCCAUAUUUUGUUGUGUUACAGCCUGAAUUUAAAAUGGAUUAAAUUGAGAUUUGUUGGUCACUGGCCUACACACAAUACCCUAUAAUGUUAAAGUGGAAUUAUGUUUUUUGAAAUUUUAAAAAAUGUAUUCAAAAUGAAAGGCUGAAAUGUCUUGAGUCAGUAUUCAACCCCUUUGUUAUCGCAACCCUAAAUAUGUUCAGGAGUAAAAAUGUGCUUAAGUCUGUGUGCAAUAAUAGUGUUUAACAUUAUUUUCUCAUGACUACCUCAUCUCUGUACCCCACACAUACAAUUAUCUGUAAGGUCCCUCAAUCGAGCAGUGAAUUUCAAAAACGGAGUCAAGAAGGGCACCUAUUGGUAGAUGGGUAAAAACAUUUUUUAAAGCAGACAUUGAAUUUCCCUUUGAGUGUGGUGAUGUUAUAAUUUACAUUUUGGAUGGUUUAUCAAUACACCCAUUCACUCCAAAGAUACAGGCGUCCUUCCUAACUCAGUUGCCGGAGAGGAAGGAAACCGUUCAGGGAUUUCAGCAUGAGGCCAAUGGUGACUUUAAAACAGUUACAGAGUGUAAUGUCUGUGAUAGGAGAAAACUGAGGAUGGAUCAACAAUCGUAGUUACUCCACAAUACUAACCUAAUUGACAGAGUGAAAAGAAGGAAGCCUGUACAGAAUACAAAUAUUCCACCAGACACUGGGAGAUGAAUUCACCUUUCAGCAGGACAAUAACCUAAAACACAAGGCCAAAUCUACACUGGAGUUGCUUAACAAGAAGAAAAUAUAAAUGUUCCUGAGUGGCCGAGUUACAGUUUUAACUUAAAUCUGCUUGAAAAUCUAUUGCACGAUCUGGAAAUAAGAAUAAUGGCCCAAUGUUGCACAAUCCAGGUGUGGAAAGCUCUUAGAGACUUACCCAGAAAGACUAACAACUGUAAUAGCUGCCAAAGGUGAUUCUAACAUGUAUUGACUCAGGGGGUUGAAUACUAAUCUAAUCAAGAUAUAUUAGUGUUUUAUUUUUAAUAACAUUUAUUUUUUACAAAUGUUAGAAUUCUUCUUCCACUUUAAUAUUAGAGAGUAUUUUGUGUAGAUCAUUGACCAGAAAAUGACAAUUAAAUCCAUUUGAAUCCCAAUUUGUAACACAACAAAAUGUGGAAAAAGUCAAAGGGUGUGAAUACUUUCUGAAGGCACUGUAGGUAGGGGUAAAAGUGACUAGGCAAUCAGGAUAGCUAGUAAGCAGAGUAGCAGCAGCGCAUGUAAAGAGUGUGAAAGUGUGUGUGUGGUGUCAAUGUGUGUGUGUGUUAGAGUGGCUGUGUAGUAUGUGUGGGUAGAGUCCAGUGAGUGUGCAUAGAGCCAGUGCAACAAAAAAAGGGGGUCAAUGCAAGUAUUCCGGGUAGCCAUUUGAUUAACUGUUGAGCAGUCUUAUGGCUUGGGGGUAGAGGCUUUUCAGGAGCCUUUUGGUCCCAGACUUGGCUCUCCGGUACCGCUUGCCGUGCGGUAGCAGAGAGAGCAGUCUGUGCCUUGGGUCACUGGAGUCUUUGACAAUUUUUCGGGCCUUCCUCUGACACCACCUGGUAUAGAUGGCAGGGAGCUCGGCCCGAGUGAAGUACUGGGCCGUACGCACUACCCUCUGUAGCGCCUUACGGUCAGAUGCCAAGCAGUUGCCAUACCAGGCGGUGAUGGUGCAGCUGUAUAACUUUUUGAGGAUCUGGGGACCCAUGCCAAAUCUUUUCCGCCUCCUGAGGGGGAGAGGCAUUGUCGGGCCCUCUUCACAACUGUGUUGGUGUGUUUGGACCAUGAUAGGUCCUUAGUGAUGUGGACACUGAGGAACUUAAAGCUCUCGACCCGCUCCACUACAGUCCCGUCGAUGUGAAUGGGGGCGUCCUCGGCCCUUCGUUUCCUGUAGUCCAUGAUCAGCUCCUUUGUCUUGCUGAUAUUGAGGGAAAGGUUGUUGUCCUGACACUACACUGCGAGGUCUUUGACCUCCUCCCUAUAGGCUGUCUCAUCGUCAAACUUAAUGAUGGUGUUGGAGUCGUGCGUGGGUGAACAGGGAGUACAGGAGGGGACUUAGCAUGCACCCCUGAAGGGGCCCCCGUGUAGAGGGUCAGCGUUGCAGAUGUGUUGUUGCCUACCCUCACCACCUGGGGGUACCCGUCAGGAAGUCCAGAAUCCAGUUGUCUGGUAGGCUCACAUCACUGGGCAGCUCGCAGCUGGGUUUCCCUUUGUAAUCCGUGAUAGUUUGCUAACCCUGCCACAUCCGACGAGCAUCUGAGCCGGUGUAGUAGGAUUCGAUCUUAGUCCUGUGUUGAAGCUUUGCCUGUUUGAUGGUUUGUAGGAGGGCAUAGCUGGAUCUUUUUAUAAGCGUCCAGAUUGCUGUCUUUUCCUACGGAAAUGGGUAGCUAUUUUAUGACAUUAUUUCUGGUUGAGCAGGGCAGACACCUGGAGGGGGCGUUGCUUUUCGCUAUUCUCCUGAACCUGAAACACAUCUACCUGUACAUUGCUCCUGCCUACGGGAUCUUCUUGCUGCGGAGCUACUGCUUCACCGAGGACAACACAGGUAACCAUGGUUACAGAGAUAACACCAGAGCUAGCAGGUUACAUGUGUAACACAGAGUUAGCUGUUGGGUGAUAAACAGAAAAUGAACAUUUUCAGGAGCAACACUAGAGAUGGCACGUAACGUUACCUGGGUAACAGUAAGCGUGAACAGUGGUUGAUGACAUUUCAAAUGAAUUUGAUUCUGAACAAAAUAAUUCACAGUUUAAUGAGAGAAUAUGACUGUAAUAAACUCACUGAUCAAAUAUUUGAUAUCCAACCAGACAGUUUAUUCACUCUGUUCCUCUCUGUUGUGUGUUUCCUUCAGAUGGCUCUGUGAGAUGGAGCAGUUUCAGUCCUGUUCGUCUGGUAGCUCUGGGAUCUAUCGUGAUCUCUGUCUGUGCCCUGUCCUUUGGCCCGUUCAUUGCUAUGGUAUGUACUCUGUCAGUACAACAGCAUGCUGUGUAGAUACCAUUUAUGUUUAUUUUUACCUCUAUGUCCGGGUCGCAUUAACACAGGAUUUUGCGUUUUUCACGCAGAAAAGGAAAGAUAAAACACUUGCUGCAUUUUGUAAACGCAGAUCUAAAAUGUGACUCAUUUCAGGAAACUAGGCGUAUGUCGCACGUCACUAGUUCACAGGAGAGGCAUUUGAAUGUAAAUUCCAUUGAUUGGACAUGAUUUGGAAAGGCACACACCUGUCUAUUACAGGUCCCACAGUUGACAGUGCAUGUCAGAGCAAAAACCAAGCCGUGAGGUCGAAGGAAUUGUCCGUACAGCUCUGAGACAUGAUUGUGUCGAGGCACAGAUCUGGGAAGGGUACCAAAACAUUUCUGCAGCAUUGAAGGUCCCCAAGAACACAGUGGCCUCCAUCAUUCUUAAAUGGAAGAAGUUUGGAACCACCAAGACUCUUCCUAAAGCUGUCUGCCCGGCCAAACAGAGCAAUCUGGGGAGAAGGGCCUUGGUCAGGAAGGUGACCAAGAACCCGAUGGUCACUCUGACAGAGCUCCAGAGCUUCUCUGUGGAGAUGGGAGAACCUUCCACAAGGACAACCAUCUCUGCAGCACUCUACCAAUCAGGCCUUUAUGGUAGAGUGGCCAGACAGAAUCUACUCCUCAGUAAAAGGCACAAGACAGCCCGUUUGGAGUUUGCCAAAAGGCACCUAAAGAGACUCAGACCAUGACAAACAAGAUUCUCUGGUCUGAUGAAACUAAGAUUGAACUCUAUGGCCUGAAUGCCAAGCAUCACGUCUGGAGGAAACCUGGCACCAUCCCUACGGUGAAGCAUGGUGGUGGCAGCAUGCUGUGGGGAUGUUUUUCAGCGGCAGGGACUGGGAGACUAGUCAGGAUCGAGGGAAAGAUGAACAAAGCAAAGUACAGAGAGAUCCUUGAUGAAAACCUGCUCCAGAGCGCUCAGGACCUCAGACUGGGGCGAAGGUUCACCUUACAACAGGACAACAACCCUAAGCACACAGCCAAUACAAUGCAGGAGUGGCUUCGGGGCAAGUCUGUGAAUGUCCUUGAGUGGUCAAGCCAGAGCCUGGACUUAAACCUGAUCGAACAUCUCUGGAGAGACCUGAAAAUAGCUGUGCAGCGACGCUCCCCAUCCAACUUGACAGAGCUUGAGAGGAUCUGCAGAGAAGAAUGGGAGAAACUCCCCAAACACUGGUUUGCCAAGCUUGUAGCGUCAUACCCAAGAAGACUUGAGGCUGUAAUCGCUGCCAAAGGUGCUUCAACAAAGUACUGAGUAAAGGGUCUGAAUACUUAUGUAAAUGUGAUAUUUCAGUUUUGUAUCAAUUUGAAAACAAUUCUAAAACCUGUUUUUUCGCUUUGUUAUUAUGGGGUAUUGUGAGUAGAUUGAUGAGGGGGGAAAAAACAAUUCAAUCCAUUUUAGAAUAAGGCUGUAACGUAACGAAAUGUGGAAAAAUACUUUCCGAAUGCGUCUCGCCAAAUAGUAGAAAGUAGAUUAUUCAGUCAACGUUCCUAUCGGCCCUGGACUAUUGCGACAUUAUCUAUAUAAACGCAAUUGCCACUUAAUUAAAGCUGUUAGAUGCAGUUUAUCAUAGCGCACUGCGCUUUAUUACGGCCGAGAAUUUUUGAACUCAUCACUGCAUUCUAUACCAGAAAGUUGGUUGGCCCUCUUUGCUGUCACGUAGGUUGAUACAUUGCUGUUUUCAUUUAUAAAGCCCUUUUACUAAAAGUCCCACUGUACCUAACAUCUUUACUAAACUUUAGACAUUUAGGUCAGACUUUAGGUCUCUACUGAGUUAGGUAAAUCAGCUUUUAGUUUUCUUGCACCUUAUUUGUGGAACAAUCUUCAAAAUGUUCUUACAUUUGAUGUUCUGGUGCCGCUAGGGCAAUUCAGAAAGCUUAUUAAGGAACUUAUUACUGAUGAAUGUGUUAGUUUUUUAUGACCGUGUUUUUCUUUCUGCUUGUAUUUUCUGUGAUUUAUGUCAUUGAGACCUUGGUCUCAGUAUGACUCUCUGAUAAAAUAAAGGUUAAAUCAAGUAUAUAUACUUUUUGUUGUGCUUUAUCUAACUGCUCUGUCAGUUAUUUUAUAUUAGUGACGCACUGAGCCAGCUCAAAUAAGUAAUGUACUGGUGAAUGUGAUUGGGUAUCUGCUGCUGUCUUAAAGGGAUAGUUCAGUGACUAUAAUUUCUCUCUCAGGGCCAGCUCCCCCAGGUCCUUUCCAGACUCUUCCCCUUUAAGAGGGGCCUGUGCCAUGCCUACUGGGCCCCUAACGUCUGGGCCCUCUACAACAUGGUGGAUAAAGCUCUGUCUGUGCUGGGUAAGGCACUGUUUACUCUCUCUAUGACUUCAGUAUGGUCCCCCCUGUCCAUAUAAUCUUAUGCGUUAUGAUUUAACCCCCUAGAGUCUAUUGACACACUGGUGCGUCAAUCUAAGAAGCAUUGGAUGCGUCUCAAUCUGCCGAUGUCGCACUUCUGCAUCUGUGGUGAAAGGUGGCAGAGCUAGAGCGGUGUUUGUCAGAACUUGAGAUACCCCGAAAAUCGGUCUUCUCACAAAUGUCUGUAGCGUCCGAACCGUUUGGCCUAAAAACUAUUAUGACUCUCACAAACACGAUGGUGGUCUCAGUUUUGCUCUGCGACCCCCACAAGUGUCAGGGGACUCGUUUGAAGUCGGUACCGUCGAUGUGCCAACUUCUGUUUGUAGCGUCUAAACCAUUUGGUCUACAAACUAAUGUGACCCCACUGUGGAAAGGGGACUCAUUUGAAGGUAGUUUUGUGCCUACCUAAAAAAAAGGGUUAAAUAUGUGUAAGAAAUAUAUAUAUCUCCUGAUCUUUCUUAUAUCUCCUAAAUAUAGGACAGACACUUAAAAACCUUGUUUCUUAUGAUAUAUUUUUUUACUGUCUUUUUUGCCAUUUAUGAAUGUGUUAUUCAAUGCGUUUCUAUGGGCUUUAGUAGUAAAGGCCAAAUUCAAUGGGGGUCUGUCAGGUAAAUCUUUUGGCUUGCUAGAAAGUAGCCUAUGAAUGGGCUGGAGGGACAGCGACUCAAGGAAUAAUAUUACCAUUUGAGGGGAUUUAGACAUGCUAUUUGUGGCAUGUUAGCAGGGGUUUAAUGGGUGGUGUGUUUCUCUCAGGUGUGCGUCUGAAGCUGUUGGACGUGGCAAAGCUUCCCAAAGCCUCAAUGACCGGUGGAUUGGUGCAGGAGUUCCAGCACUCUGUCCUCCCCUCCAUCUCUCCCUCCAUCACACUCAUCUGUACUCUGCUCUCCAUCAUGGUGAGCAUAAUCUCUGGCAAAAAUUCUGCAGCCCUGUUCAGAAUCACCACUAAAGACCAGGGGUUGGAACCUAAAACUAUUUUUCGAGGAACAAAAUCAGAACCGGGAACGAAAGUGAUCCAUGUAUUCUGUUCCGGAACAGAACCGUUAUUUUAAAAGCAUGGGAACCGGUUGAUAUCAUUAUUUUACGUUCCAGGCAUUGUUUUCAGUCCCACAAAAAAAUGCAACAAAGCGCCUAUGCAAAGCACUCACUCUGUCACUCAGAAACAUAUUCUAGUGUCUGCCUGCCAGCUGAAAAAACUUUGCCAAUGUGUGGGCAUGUGUAGACAACCUGCCCCUCCCCCUCCGAAGCUGACGUUACAAGCGUGAUUCAGAAAUUAGGGAGAGAUUUUUGAAUAGAGAAGAAUGGAUUAAUUUAUUCAAUGCUAGUUACAGAUGCUAUAGUUAUCAUUUUUCACAUUGGAUUUAUGAACUACAAAAUGGAAAGACAUGUUUUUAAUUCUGGUGCCGCUCUGUGCACACACAAGCUUGUUAGCUAGCUAGCUAGCUAGCUAGUUUCUGGUCCAACGUUAAGCCAACUCUCUGAUGUUCAAAGACAUUCAAAAGUUCCUCCAUAGAAGCUGCUACUCCAUAGGUAUAAUUCUGUGGGCCUAAUUCAGAUAAUGCAUGUCAUAACAAGGUGCCCAGCGCUUCAAGCCAAGCCUCACCCUCCACCCCCUCUCGCUCUCUCCCCACCCGCAAAAUUUCAGUCGCAUCUCGCGCUCUACACUUGUCUGUUCAUCGCGCAUGUAAACAACUAUAGCCUAGGUAGCCCAAUAGCAAGCUGCUCCAUCCGCACUGAUUGGUGAAGUAAUUUCAUGACGAUUUCAGAGGUUUAAAAAGGAACAGAAAGGAACCAUAUAAACCGGUACUUUUCUGAGGUUUGAACCGGUUCAGAACUUUAUUUUGCAGGUCGGAACAGUGGAACGUAACAAAAAUAAUAAUGGUUCUGUUCAGAACUAAACAAUUGGAAAAUAAUUUUGGUUUCAACCCCUGCUAAAGACUGUUAUUAUAAACAAACACACUUAAUCUAUGUACAUAUAAUAAUGCAGUUGUUUUUAACCAGAUAAUAUCAGAGCUAUAUAUUUAGAAAUUAAUAUAUGGCUUUGGAUAAUGUGUACCAGCCUAAAGUAAAAGAUUAAAAGUUAAGAUACCCCCCUCUCUCCCUGCUCCCCCACCCCCCUCAGCCUGCGGUGUUGAGUAUCUGGCGUCGUCCGCGUGGUGCCCGGGGGUUCCUGCGCUGCCUGGUGGUCUGUGCCCUGGGCUCCUUCAUGUUCGGCUGGCACGUCCAUGAGAAGGCCAUCCUCAUGGCUAUACUGCCCUUCAGGUGAACUGCUGACAUGCUACUAUCAGACGCUGCUAUCAGUGACCCAUUGACAGCAACUGGGUCAUAUUCAUUGGGGCACACUGUAGCAAAACAUUUUUGCAACUGAAAAUUAAAAUGGGUUUCUUAUUGGACAUCUCUGGUAGUCACUCCCUGUUUCAGUAAAUGUUCUUCUGUUUGGUGCCUAAUGAAUACAACUCGGGCAGAGUUGGUUACAUCUUUUAUAAACAAAGUGUGAACAUUUUUGUACAGCUCCUCUUCCUGUUGUAAUGGGUUUUGUGUAAUUGUUGUUUGGCAGCGUACUAGCAGUUGAGAGCAGGGAGGAUGCUGGGAUCUUCCUGAUGCUGACCACCACGGGGCAUUACUCUCUGUUUCCACUUCUCUUCACUGCAGCAGGUAAGAGCCUCUGCGACUAGACACCACUGGUGCCAUUUGGGUUCCCUCUGAGAAGCCAUUUUGUUAUUAGAAAUUUCAUAUUGGAUGAUUAGGAUAUUUAAUGUUUGUCUGUCAAUCUUUGUUGUCACAGAGCUGCCCAUCAAAGUCCUGCUGAUGCUGCUGUUCACUCUCUACAGCUUCACCUCUUUAAAGAAGUUGUUCAGGUGGGUGAACUUCCAUGUUAGAGUAGAUAGGGUACUAGGGGGUAACUAGCCCCCCCUAAGAACAAUGUCUAAUUGCUGACACAAAAAAGCAACGUUUGGGCAAAAAAUUGUAUGCUUAGGCGAAUAAACUAUAAAGGGAAAUAAAUGGCUACAGUUUACACUUUUUUAGUUAUUUCAUGAAAUGUUGUUUUUAGAAAAGGGGACGUUUUCCCGGUAGAAGAUUAUGGUAUAGGGUUUCAUACAAGUGUGUUAAAAUCCAUUUAAUACGUUUUAUUUCGAAAUUCUUCAGUAAGUAAUACUUAAAAGCUAUGUCUAGUUGUCUUAUUUUAAUAAUUUAAAUACAAUAUGGGGGGGGGGAAUGGUGUUACACGUCACCAUUAAUAUCCGCACUAUGAGGAGAUUUGACGUAAAGUCCCUCUUUUUAACUCACCUGCACAUAGAUUGUCUUUGUUCUUUCUUUGUUGUUCCUUUUUCAUACAAUCCAUUAUGUACAAUUGCACUAAAUAUUAUUUGAAUAAUGCAAGAUUUUUAAUCCCAGCAGUCUUUAAAAUGACAUUCAGGAGCAAAAGGUUUUCAAUAGUUGUUUCUAAAUCAUUAAAAAAUAUAUUAAUUGGGAUAUAAUAUUGGAAUGGAAUAUAACAUUAAUUAACAUUGGAAUAUAACAUUUAAUAACUAGCUUAACUAAUUAACUCAGUGUAACAUUGAUGUGACAACUCUCUUAUCCUCUGCUAAUGCAUCAUUCUAAUUUGUACAUAAAGCUAUCCCCAGUAAAAUUGGAGCCGCCCACCUGCACUGCUCACACCUAAUCCAGUCCCCACCUGUGACUGACAACAGGGGGAGAGAUGCCAAUUGAAAAGCUCUCUUAAAAACGUAGCUAGCUAUCUAGCUAUAUGACAUAAAAUGCUGUGUAAAAUAGCUAAAAGGCUAUAAAGUAACAUUAAGUGUAAAGCUAUCCCCUGGUUACCCCCUGUUACCCCCUGGGGGGGGGGGGGGGGGGGGGGGGGGGAGUUGUCCCCAACACACUCAUCCAACAUGUUACUACUUUACUAAAAAAUUAUCUACAUUUUUUUCUCUCUAAACAACUGGUGGUAUUGAUACAUACAGUGCUAUGAAAAAGUAUUUGCCCCCUUUCUAAUUUUCUCUACUUUUGCAUAUUUGUGAUACUCAAUGUUAUCAGAUCUUCAACCAAAACCUAAUAUUAGAUAAAGGGAACAUAAGUGAACAAAUAACACAACAAUUACAUAUUUAUUUAAUAAACAAAGUUAUACAACACCCAAUUCCCCUGUGUGAAAAAGUAAUUGCCCCCUUACACUCAAUAACUGGUUGUGCCACCUUUAGCUGCAAUGACUCCAACCAAAUGCUUCCUGUAGUUGUUGAUCAGUCUCUCACGUCGCUGUGGAGGUAUUUUGGCCCACUCUUCCAUGCAGAACUGCUUUAACUCAGUGACGUGUGGGUUUUCAAGCAUGAACUGCUCGUUUCAUGUCCUGCCACAACAUCUCAAUUGGGAUUAGAUCUGGACUUUGACUAGGCCAUUCCAAAACUUCCAAUUUGUUGCUUUUUAGCAAUUUUCAUGUAGACUUGAUUGUGUGUUUUGGAUCAUUGUCUUGCUGCAUGACCCAGCUGCGCUUCAGCUUCAGCUCACAGACGGAUGGUCUGACAUUCUCCUGUAGAAUUAAUUAUAUGAUACAGAGCAGAAUUCAUGGUUCCUUCUAUUAAGGCAAGUCGUCCAGGUCCUGAGGCAGCAAAGCAUCCCCAAACCAUCACACCACCACCACCAUGCUUGACCUUUGGUAUGAUGUUCUUACUGUGGAAUGCAGUGUUUGGUUUUCGCCAGGCAUAAUGGGACCCAUCUCGUCCAAAAAGUUGACUCAAGUUUGCCAAAAAGCACCUGGAUGAUCAUCAAGACUCUUGGAAGAAUGUUCUAUGGACAGAUGAUUCAAAAGUAUUUUUGGCAAACUUGAGUCAACUUUUUGGACGACAUGGUUCCAGUAAUGCCUGGCGAAAACCAAACUCUGCAUUCCACAGUAAGAACAUCAUACCAAUGGAAGCAUGGUGGUGGUGGUGUGAUGGUUUGGGGAUGCUUUUUCAUAGCACUGUAUGUCAAGCUGUUGACAACUAACUAUAUCAUUAUACAUUUGUAAUGCUCUCAGUCAAGGUGGUCCUUGAUCAGUGGUGGGAAAAGUACCCAAUUAUAAAUAAAUAAAAAUAAUAUGCCAUUUCGCAGACGCUUUUAUCCAAAGCGACUUACAGUCAUGUGUGCAUACAUUUUUAUGUAUGGGUGGUCCCGGGGAUCGAACCCACUACCCUGGCGUUACAAGUGCCAUGCUCUACCAAUUGAGCUACAGAGGACCACAACUGUCAUACUUGAGUAAAAGUAAAGAUACCUUAACAGAAAAUGACUCAAGUAAAAGUGACAGUCACCCAGUAAAAUACUACUUGAGUAAAUGUAAUUGCUAAAAUAUACUUAAGUAUCACAAGUAAAGUAUAAAUCAUUUCAAAUUCCUUAUAUUAAGCAAACCAGACGGCACCAUUUAAAAAAUAAUAAUAAAUUGUAUGUCCUGCUAAGCAUUCAAAAUGUAACGAGUACUUUUGGGUGUCAAGGAAAAUGUAUGGAGUAAAAAGGACAUUAUUUUCUUUAGGGAUGUAGUGAAGUAAAAGUUGUCAAAAAUAUAAAUAGUGAAGUACAGGGCCCGGUUGCAUAAAACAUCUUAAGUAAAUUUCCCCUUUAUCUUUACCCUUAAAGUUUCCUUAACUUUAAGUCAGUUGCACAAAACAUUUUAAGGAAAAUGUCCCCCUUAAAUUAAGUGAAAAAGUUAUAGGUGCCCAUGACAUCCCUUAAGUGCUUCAUUCAGUAUGGAUAUCAAUGUAAACAGCAUUUGUGGAGGUGAAUGUUGCUUUCUUCUGCACUAUUUUCAAAAGACAAACAUCCACUAGCUAGCUAGGUAGCUACUAAACAAUGGAAGGUGCACAAUCCAUGGCUACAAAGCUAGCUAGCUGCCUACUCCGUAAGUUAGCUUGACGUGCUAGAAAGUAAUAGAAACAAGUUGAGUAAGUCAAAGUAAGUCAAGAAAUAUGUUCUCCUGUCUUGAAUGUAGAAGUUCUAUUUUGCUAUCUCCCAAAAUAAAUAUAUCCUCUUUGAGGAGAUGUUCAUUCAGUGAAUCAGGUCGUCUCAAUUGUAACCAGAUACUCUUUCUGCUGUACAUGCCUUCAAACUACCAUAAAACCCUUAAAUGAUGCCCUUACCCAAGGAAAUGUUUGAUGGGCUUUAUACAACACCCUUAAACAUUUCCCUUAGGUAAGGGGAAAUUAUUCCUUUAGGGAAACACUUAAGAUGUUUUAUUCAACCGGGCCUAGAUAAUAUAUUUUUACUUAAGUACUUUACACAACUGUCCUUGAUGAUUAGUUGACAGUUCAAUCAGGUGUGUAAAUGCUAGAACAAAAGUCUGCACGCCCUGUGAGUUCCAGGGAUAUGAUCGGAGAGCACUGCUUUUUUUUGUCUGACUUUUUUUUUUGACAAUACAAAACAUACACAUACAAACAACAGCAUACAAAUGCACACAAACAUCAACAACAUCACACUUGCCCAGACCCACCUGCUCACAUCCACAUCUUCAGCGCCCGCUUCCCUCUCCACCACAUGGCCUCAAACUGCACCAUUUUGUUUCUCUCCAUCGCCCACUCACUUUCAACAUUUAGAUAAUAAAGCAUUUGACCUUUCCAUUGAUUUCCAGUUUUUAAGUAUAUGUGUUUUCAAGAUGAUUGACGAGAAAAGUAUCGUCCUACCCAUCGGGUAUCUCACUGCAUCCUCAUAUGCCAUGUCUUUAAAUAUGCAGACCGAUAGAUUAAAAGUUAAUUUACAUUGUAAUACUUCUGACAGCCAACUUUCUAAUGCCCAUAACUUUUGGACUUUAUAGCAUUCCCAGAAGGCGUGGAUUAUUGAGUCAUUGAUAGUUUUACACUUAAAACAUGACUCUGCCGUUGUGCUGUAGAAUUAGUGAAUUUUGUCUCUUGUAUAAUACUAUUCUAUACAUUAGUUUACACUGGAUUAAGUGUACAUUUUCGUUAACUGUAAUUUCGUUAGUUAUGUUUCAACAUUCCCUCCAUCUUGUGCCAAUAUCAGUUAUUUUUCCAAUAGUUUAUAUUUUUUUUCUAAGAGAUUGUCAGUUGGAUAGGCUCUCUGCAAGGUUUUUUAUAUCUUACCUAUCAUAUGAAUAUCAAUUUCUGACUAAAAUCGGAUUCCCUCAAGAUUGCUCUGAUGUCCAAAAGAUUUCAAAUCGAAAUUUCGUUAUAUCAAACUUUUAAUUUGCGUUUAUUUGAAAAUAUCUACAUUGGUCAGUCCAAAAUUGCUUUUUAAUUCUGUCAUGGAAAUAAAUGUAUUUCCUGUUACCAAGUCAUUUACAUUUUCAAUGCCUUUAGUUUUCCAUGUGGACCAAUUUAUCGGUGAAUUCUGAAAAGCUAUCCAAGGAUUGUUCCAUAGAGUUGUGUUUUUAGGAAGUGAUAUUGGUUCUUGUAGAAUGUUUUAUUUUGUUAUAGUGUUCUUAACUAUGAAGUUGUUAAUGUUCUUAGCCUUAUCCUUUUAUCCUUAAAUAUACACGUGAAAGGAUUCUCGGGGGAAUUUGGUAUUACCGAGAAUAAAUAUAAAAACUUUGUGAGCUAUGCCAUUCUGAAGAGGUUUAUUCUACCUGUAAGAUUUAUGGGAAGAUUGUUCCAUUUAAUUAGAUCUGCUUUCAUAUUGUUGAGUAAUGGGAUGAAGUUAUCUUUAUAUAUUUGUUGUUUGUAAUCCACUUAAAGGAUUGCUGUAGAUCAUGAGUUUUUCUAUUUCCCAUUGCCAUUAUUUCAUUUUUAAUUUUAUAUCCUGAGAUUUUAGAGUAUUCCGAAAAUAUUUUUUGCAAGGGGGCAUUGAGUUUUCAGUAUUGGUCAGGUAUAUCAGGAGAUAAUCUGCAAAUAAAUUUAGUUUAUAUUCAUGUUUACCCAUACUGAUACCUUUUACGUUUGGGUCCUGUCUAAGAGCACUGCUUUUUGUCAGAGCAUAAUUGUCACACUCUGGCUCCAGGACUAGUGUAUUUGAGCCAGGGUGUAUGUUGUUUUGUUGGGUUUUGGGUGAUUUUUUAUGUUUGCAUGUCUGUCACGUUUAUUUCUAGGUUGGGAGUUCUGUGUGUCUAUUUCUAGGUUGUUGUUUGGUGUAGUGUGUGACUCCCAAUCGGAGGUAACGAGUGUCAGCUGUCGGCUCGUUAUCUCUGAUUGGGAGCCAUAUUUAAACUGUCUGUGUUCGCAUGUGGGUUGUGGGUUUUUGUUCCAAGUUCAGGUAUUUGUUUCUGUUGGACUUCACGUAUCGUCUUUUGUUUUGUUUUUUCGUGGUUGCUUUAUUUAAUAAAAGUCAUCAUGUUCACUCGCAACGCUGCGCAUUGGUCCGCUUCUUCAGACGAUCGUGACAGAAAAACCCACCAUAAAAGGACCAAGCAGCGUAACAAGCGGCAACAGGACCUACCUACACAGGAGUUAUGGACUCCUCCUAAGGAUUCAUGGACAUGGGAGGAGAUUUUGGAUGGAAAGGGUCCUUGGGCACAACCGGGAGAAUAUCGCCGCCCUCGUGAAGAGCUGGAGGCAGCUGCAGCCGAGAGGAGGUGGUACGAGGAGGCAGCGCGGAGUCGAGGCUGGAAGCCCGUGGGUACUACCCAAGAAUUUCUUGGGGGGGGGCAAAAAGGGAGUGUGGCGAAGUCAGGUAGGAGACCUGCGCCUACUCCCUGUACUUACCGUGGAGAGCGGGAGUACGGGCAGACACCAUGUUACGCAGUAGAGCGCAUGGUGUCUCCUGUACGCAGGCAUAGCCCGGUGCGGUACAUUCCAGCUCCUCGUAUUGGCCGGGCUAGAUUGAGCGUUGAGCCGGAUGUCAUGAAGCCGGUCCCACGCAGCAGGCCACCAGUGCGUCUCCUCGGGCCAGCAUACAUGGCACCAGCCUUACGCAUGGUUUCCCCGGUUCGCCUACAUAGCCCGGUGCGGGUUAUUCCUCCUUCCCGUACUGGUCGGGCGACGGGGAGCAUACAACCAGGUAAGGUUGGGCAGGCUCAGUGCUCAAGGGAGCCAGUACGCCUGCACGGUCCGGUAUUUCCGGCGCCACCUCCCCGCUCCAGCCCAGUACCACCAGUGCCUCCACCACGCACCAAGCCUCCUGUGUGUCCCCAGAGUCCUGUGCGUCCUGUUGUUGCUCUCCGCACUAGCCCUGAGAUGCGUGUCCUCAGCCCGGUACCUCCAGUUCCGGCACCACGCAUCAGGCCUACGGUGCGUCCCCAGGGCCAAGCAUGCCCUGUUGCUUCUCCCCGCACUAGCCCUGAGAUGCGUGUCCUCAGCCCGGUACCUCCUGUUCCGGCACCACGCACCAGGCCUACGAUGCGCCUCAGACGGCCAGAGUCUGCCGUCUGCCCAACGGGGCCUGAACUGUCCGUCUGCCCAACGCCGUCUGAACUGUCCGUAUGCCAAGCGCUGCAUGAACUGCCCGUCUGCCCAACGCCGUCUGAACUGUCCGUUUGCCAAGCACUGCCUGAACUGCCCGUCUGUCCAACGCCGUCUGAACUGUCCGUCUGCCAAGCGCUGCCUGAACUGCCCGUCUGCCCAACGCCGUCUGAACUGUCCGUAUGCCAAGCGCUGCAUGAACGGCCCGUAUGUACUGAGCCUGCUAAGCCGCCCGUCUGCCAUAAGCCUUCAGAGCCGUCCGCCAGACCAGAGCCGCUAAAGCCUUCCACCAGACAGGAGCCGCUACAGCCUUCCGCCAGACAGGAUCAGCCAGAGCCUUCCGCCAGACGGGAUCAGCCAGAGCCUUCCGCCAGACGGGAUCAGCCAGAGCCUUCCGCCAGACGGCAUCAGCCAGAGCCUUCCGCCAGACAGGAUCAGCCAGAGCCUUCCGCCAGACAGGAUCAGCCAGAGCCUUCUGCCAGACAGGAUCAGCCAGAGCCUUCUGCCAGACAGGAUCAGCCAGAGCCUUCUGCCAGACAGGAUCAGCCAGAGCCUUCCGCCAGACAGGAUCAGCCAGAGCCUUCCGCCAGACAGGAUCAGCCAGAGCCUUCUGCCAGACAGGAGCAGCCAGAUCCGUCAGCCAGCCAUGAGCAGCCAGAUCCGUCAGCCAGCCAUGAGCAGCCAGAUCCGUCAGCUAGCCAUGAGCAGCCAGAUCCGUCAGCUAGCCAUGAGCAGCCAGAUCCGUCAGCCAGCCAUGAGCAGCCAGAUCCGUCAGCCAGCCAUGAGCAGCCAGAUCCGCCAGCUAGCCAUGAGCAGCCAGAUCCGUCAGCUAGCCAUGAGCAGCCAGAUCAGUCAGCCAGCCAUGAGCAGCCAGAUCCGUCAGCCAGCCAUGAGCCGUCCAGCCGGGAUCCGCCAGAGCCGUCCGGCCGGGAUCCGCCAGAGCCGUCCGGCCGGGAUCCGCCAGAGCCGUCCGGCCGGGAUCCGCCAGAGCCGUCCGGCCGGGAUCCGCCAGAGCCGUCCGGCCGGGAUCCGCCAGAGCCGUCCGGCCGGGAUCCGCCAGAGCCGACCGGCCGGGAUCCGCCAUUCAGCCUGGUACUGCCCCUUAGUCCGAUACUGCCCCUUAGUCCGGUGCUGCCCCUUAGUCCGGUGCCGCCCCUUAACCCAGUGGGGUUUAGUUGGGGGGUGGUCAUGGGGAGGAGGCUAGGGAAGCGGGUGGUGACUAAGGUGGGAUGGGGACCACGACCAGGGGCAGAACCGCCACCGUGGACAGACGCCCACCCAGACCCUCCCCUAGACUGUAUGCUGGUGCGCCCGGGGUUCGCACCUUUAGGGGGGGGUACUGUCACGCUCUGGUUCCGGGACGUUGUUAUAGAACCAGGGUGUGUUUGUUUUGUUGGGUGUUGUGUGGGCUAGGUUGGGUAUGAGGUGUGUUCGUUUUGUUGUGUGCUGUUUGGUUGGGGUGUCUAGGUGGUUGUCUUCCUUGUUUGUAUUCAUGUGACUCCCAAUCGGAGGUAACGAGUGACAGCUGUCGGCUCGUUAUCUCUGAUUGGGAGCCAUAUUUAAACUGUGUGGUUUCACCUUGUGUUUGUGGGUUUUUGUUUCCUUGUUCCAUGUUCCGUGUUUUAGUAUUGGUAACUUUUGGACUUCACGUAUCGUCUUUUGUUUUGUUUUCUCGUGUUGCACUUUAUUAAAUAAAGUCAUCAUGUUCACUCGCAACGCUGCGCAUUGGUCCGCUCCUUUUGACGAUCGUGACAAUAAUUAGCUCCUCUCUCGGUAUAACCAGCGCCACUGUGUGCUGCUUAGCAGUAUAGCUUCCUCGCUCACAAAUCCUUACCAGUAUUGAUCUCAGGUAUAUGUGACCACCUGUUUGAAAAUGUACUAGCCAGUUGCGCCACCGAAAAACGAACAAUUCGACAACACGUGUGGAGACAUUUCAAGCUGUGUGAGCUUACACUACAAUCUUAACUCUGUUACAGGGGCUCCCUCCUGAACCCCCUGGAAGCCACCUACCUCCUGGGCCUGGUUGCCGUAGAGAUCCUCUGUGAGGUUGUUUACCCUCUGUCGCCAUGGCAGCAUACCCUGCCCUUCGUGCCCCUGCUGGUGACAUCAGUGUACUGCUCUCUGGGAGUCUCUUACUCCUUCAUACGCCUCUAUCUCUCUCUACUGAGGCAGGACGGGACAGACAAACACAAACAACUAUGAGACAGAGAGACACUAGUGAGUAGCGAACAAUUCACAAUCAACAAUCCCAAGGUUGCAUCCCAAGGGCCAUAUAGAAUGUCAUUUGCAAUGCACUCUGAGGUGUAAAGAAAUAAAGGUGGCAUUUAAAAAUUUCUGCGAUGCUGUUACGAGUCCAUCCAGAGCAGAUCUUCAAGUGUGCAUCUAUACAGUGGAUAUAAAAAGUCUACACACCCCUGUUAAAAUGCCAGGUUUU